CAUGGGAAAAUGGCGGAGCGGAUUCGUUUUUGGGAAUCCGACCCGUUUGCUGAGAUCCGCGAGCCAUUUCCAUCGUUUCUCUCGCUUUCCUUCUCAUUCGCCUUCGCCUUCCAACAUAAGCCCAAUCUUCUUCUUCUAUUUCAAAUCCUCUUUCUCUUCUAAGAAGACAACGAUGGCGGAAAGAACCCCUCACAGCCACUCCUCCACCAGGCGAGGCCAAUCCCAUCGCGGCAACCGAUCGGUAGAGGGACAAAAAAUUUGGGUAAAGGUUGAUCAUGGAAAUAAAUCACCACAAACUGUGAAUACACCUCAGCAGAGGCAAUCUUCUCCUGGAAGGAAGGAGGGAGAUGGGGAAUCUCUCCGUGCAUUGCGACCUUUUGAUAUAUGCCGGAGUGGAGGUGUUGACACAGUGAGGCUAAAAGCCUCAUUGCUUGAAUUGAAUAGAGAAAAAAGGAAGGAACUUGUGCGCUCUGCUUGUAUGUCUCAGUGUCACAACUUGCGCUCUGGAAUGAUACUUUUGAAAAAUCAUCUAAGCCAUGAGGAUCAGGUUAAAAUAAUUAGAACUUGUCAAAAACUUGGUAUUGGGAUUGGAGGAUUUUAUCAGCCCAGUUAUAGCGAUGGUGCAAAGCUUCAUCUGCAGAUGAUGUGUCUGGGUAAAAAUUGGGAUCCGGAGGCAAAAUAUGUUGAUAUACGCCCUGUAGAUGGCGCAAAACCUCCUGAAAUACCUGAAGUAUUUCAAAAGCUGGUCAAAGGAGCAAUCCAGGCAUCUCAUGAUUUUCUAUUGCAUCAGAAUAAACAUAUCAAUGUUGAGGAUGAACUUCCUAAUAUGUCUCCUGACUUAUGCAUCAUCAACUUCUACAAUGAGAAUGGGAGAUUGGGUCUCCAUCAGGACAGAGAUGAGAGUCCACAAAGUAUCGCGAAAGGUUUGCCUGUUGUUUCUUUUUCUGUGGGUAACUCUGCUGAGUUCCUUUAUGGAGUUGAAAGGGAUGUCGAUAAAGCCGAAAAAGUUGUGCUUGAGUCUGGUGAUGUUCUGAUAUUCGGUGGUAAAUCAAGAAUGAUAUUUCAUGGAGUUUCUACAAUCCAAGCUAAUACAACACCAAAACUACUGAUUGAGGAAACCAAUCUCCGUCCUGGACGACUGAAUCUGACUUUCAGGCAAUACUAGAUCAUCUCUUCAGAAGAUGUUAACAAUCUGUGCUGGCAUGCUUGUUUAAUGUCUUCAGAGUCAUCAAGAUAAGUUUUCACACACAUACCAAACGAAUAAUCAACUUAAAAUAAAAUCAUUUCAUUGUGCUGUCACACUCUUGUUUCUCUGUGUUUUUAGCUUCAUGCUCUCUUAUG